UGAACACUUCAAUUUUUUCCCAACAUUUUGAUACUUCAGAUUAUUCCUAUGUUGCGAACUUUUUCAAUAAUUUAAUACUGUCACAUUUCUCAGCUUAUUACUGCUUCUGCAUAAUUCAACCGGUUUAUUUCGAUGUACUUUUCAACGUGGAAAGUCCCUCAAUGGUCAUCACAGAGGAUCAGCAAUUCCUGCAUCAUUUCCAAAAUGGCGUUGACGGCGGAUGCCAGGCAUUUAUCGUCCAAGGGGAAUCUACAGUCUUUGAAUUUCUGGAUGCCUUUUUUGAAGUCCACGAGCUUUCAGAACAACGAACCUCCAGCAAGAAGCUGAUUGCAGUAGUGGAAAACUUUGACUCGAUUGAACGAAUUUGCAACCAUUCAGCUAUAACCGAACUACCAGAUGUAUUGUUCGUUGUGUGGCGCGAAAAGGACUCGGAUGUUCAGCUGUUUACUACCGAAUCAUUUAGCGAUGGUUCAAGAGGAUCAAAGAUCAUCCGAAUAGUUCCUGUGGCGGAUGACAACUACUUUCCUGAAAAGGGUGCCGACCUUAAAGGUGUACCGAUUCGGAUGCGUACCUUGGAUUACCCUCCCUUCUCGUAUUAUGAGGAAACGACGCCGGAUAAGGCCAAUGCUCGAUACGAUCCACAGUACGGGACACCCGACACUCCACUGCUGGUUGAUGGUCAAGAGCCUUUGAUCCUGGUGGAAUUUUGUCGGUUAUACAACUGCACCAUUGAGGCCUUUUUCGAUGAAGAUGAACUUUGGGGAGAGGUCUUCGAGAACCACACGGGCACCGGAAUGCUUGGAGCCGUACUUAGACGGGAGGCUGACUAUGCCGUGGCUGCCAUCUAUUGCUGGGAAGAGCCAUACAAAUUCGUUACGUAUACCGCACCCUUGAGUAGAUCCGGUAUCACCGUGCUUGUCCCCAAACCGCAAUUACUAGCACCGUGGCGAACUCCCUUGCUGUCGUUCAGCAGCAUGCUUUGGCUUGCCGUUGGGGCAGCAUUCUGUCUGGGAAUCUUCGCAGUCUGGAUCAGCGAUGGCAUUCGAGUUCGUGUGACCGGAUCCAACGGUCAAGCUAAAACGUUCAGCGACUCUGUGUUGGUCCUUACCGGGUUCUUCAUGGAGCAAGGUUCGGACAUGCAUAACGAUUUGACCUCCAGCAUAUUCCUCUAUUCGACGUUACUUUUCGCUGGAUUCAUGAUCGGCAACAUGUACGGAGCCGGACUGGCAAGUACCAUGACAAUCCCUCAGUAUGAAAAACCGAUUGAUACCACGUAUGAUUUAGCUGCGAGUGGAAUGCUGUGGGCUGCAACUGCUAUUAAUUGGAUACUUUCCAUCAUGACUUCAACGCAGCCCCACCUCCAAACACUUGUCCAAAACUACAGAAUAUUAGACACUGAGGAAUUGAUUAGGCACCGGACCAAACGUGAUCUCGGCUAUGUCGGCGAGCGCAGCGAAUUCGACCACUUUAGUCCGGUUGACUUUUUGGACGAGGAAUCUUCGCUGCUGCUGCAACUGCUGAAGGAUGAUCUGUUCUGGCAGACUUGCAUCGCAGCCAUUACCAAAACUUGGCCCUUUAAAGAGCGCCUGAACGAUCUUAUCAUGAGAGUUGACCAGUCAGGCAUUCAGUACUACUGGGAGGCACAGACCGUAGUCCGAUACAUGAAUACCAAAAUUCAACGCAACCUACUGUACAGCAGGCAGAUGGAGACCGAGGGUGAGGCGGAAGUUUUGACAGUGUCGCACUUUUUGGGUGCAUUCAUGAUUCUUGGGUUUGGAUCUACCUUUGGUACAGCUGUGUUUGUCUUGGAAAAAUUUGUAAACUAUAAGAUUAAAUCAUCGAAUAAAUAG